CUGAAUGUUUUCAUCCGUGUCACGUCUUGAGUUGGGUCCGCGGUCGUCUCGACUGGUCGCCGGCGUCAUGCUCCUCGCCAGUGAGACUCUACAUGCGGACAAAGUGGCCCGGUGGACAUAAUCGUGUUGCAUUGAAAAUCUUCGGUCGCCUGUAUCAGUCUGCAGGCCUUUCAGUGAUGUCCUAAACACCAGGACAGCUUCAGCUACGCAGCAAUCGCGCCCCAAUCUUCCACAAUGGCCACCACAGCACCGAAAUUAGAUGAGCGAAAGAAUGAGGAGAAGAACCAAGAAGAGAGCUCGAUUCACGAGCUAUCCUGUUCCUCUACCACUCCUUUAUCGCCUGGUAGUGCAGAGUCAGAGGUAGUCUACACAAUUGACGACGAAAAGACACCAGAUAAGACACAUUCGGAAGAACAAUCAGGAUCAAGCCUUCGUCUUCUAGUCUGGAUGACAAUCAACAUUGUGUCUACUGUAGCCAUCGUUUUCACCAACAAGUCUGUCCUCUCGCAUGCCAUGCUUCGAAACUCCCAGGUAUCAUUUGCUGCAUAUCACUUCACGAUCACUGGAGUGACCCUCUGGAUCACCUCUCGACCCUGGUGUGGCUGGUUCGAGCCUAAACAUGUCUCUGCAUAUCGCAUCCUCCAUCUUGUUGCAGCCAUGUGCAUCCAAGUGAUAUUCCAGAAUCUUGCACUUGCACACUCUUCUGUUAUCUUUCACCAGCUGGCGCGAUUACUCCUUACGCCUGCAACUGCGCUGCUGAACUACAUCCUCUAUCAAUCCAGUAUCCCUCGCGCCGCAUUCCUGCCUCUCAUUGUACUCUGCACUGGCGUGGGGGUUGUCUCGUACUACGAUUCUGUACCAAGCUCAAAGAGCACUGAAUCGACCUCAGCGCAGGGCAUUUUCUUCGCCCUCUCCGGUGUCUGUGCCAGUGCCAUGUACACCGUGCUGGUGGGCCGCUAUCAUAAGAAGCUGCAGAUGAGCAGCAUGCAGCUUCUGCUCAACCAGGCGCCGAUCAGCGCAGCUGUUCUACUCUGCAUUGCCCCUUGGAUGGAGACUUUCCCAACUGUCUCAUCUGUGCCGGAGUCCCUGUGGCUGUCUAUCUUGGCGAGCGGCAUUAUGGCAUGUCUGGUCAACCUCUCUCAAUUCUACAUCAUCGACGCAGCAGGGCCAGUUACCAGUACUGUCAUCGGCCAAUUGAAGACCUGCAUAAUCGUAGGGCUAGGUUGGAUUCUUUCAGAUCAUGUGGUGUCACAUCAGAGCGUGGCAGGAAUCCUGAUGGCCUUGACGGGAAUGAGUUUGUAUAUGAAAAUAAUUCUCAAGCAUCAGAAAUGAUGCUCAAUUGAAAUAGUAAUGGCGCACGGGAAUAGGUAAAAAGGCUUUAUGUAUAGUAGUAUAAUUUUUAAUGCCGGGGAUAUGAUCGAAG